AUGAAGUGGAAGAUUCCGAUUUCCUUCAUCGUCUUUUGGACGAGGAUUGUUGCCAUUCCGGCGGGUAGUAACUCUCCCUGCCCAAUAGAUGCCAAAGUCGUGGUUGAACACCAACCUUUCGAAAUCCAGUGUUCUGGGAAUGUCGCGACUUCAACCAGGACCAGGACGUGGACUGAGUGGCUAACCACCACCGAUAUUGUCAUAGGCGGAACUAUCACGUCAAAGACAACGGUAACUUUGACCGCCCCUGAAACCCUUGGUGUAGUUGUUUUUACGUCGACAGGCUCCAAGACGGGAGCCAAAACAAUUCCGCCAAAACACCCGGGAGAUCCAACUUCAGUUAUCACCUAUAUAAAGCCUCCGAGGAGUUCUUUACCUACUGUCACUUCUCUCGCAAGUAAACCCGGGUUAACAACCGUCCCCCCGGGUCCGAAUGGCGGUCCAUCUACGGUAAUUACAUUCGUAACAGGUCCUAUUACAGUGACCUCGUCUGCAAAAACAACUGGACUGAGUACCAUUCCCGGAUUUGAUGGAAGACCCCCUACCGUGGUUACUUUUGUCACCACGCCGCUGUCUCCAGUGACCAUCACUUCAAUCGCAUCGACAACUGGGCUCACAACUAUUCCUCCUGGUCGCAACGGCGGCCCCCCUACGGUCGUCACUUUCAUGACCCCUCAGUCUGGCCCAGUCACUAUCACUUCUCUUGCUUCUACGACUGGUCUGAUAACCGUUUCUCCCGGUCCCAAUGGUGGUCCUCCGACGGUGGUUACUUUUGUCACUACGCCGCUGUCUCCAGUGACCAUCACAUCAGUCGCGUCGACAACUGGGCUCACAACCAUUCCUCCCGGUCCCGAUGGAGGUUCUCCGACGGUGGUCACCUUUGUGACCCAUCAGUCUGGCCCAGUCACGAUCACGUCGCUUGCUUCUACGACUGGUUUGACAACCAUCCCCCCUGGUCCCAACGGAGGUUCUCCUACUGUCGUCACGUUCGUCACUUCGCUUCUCAACUCCCACAAGACAGUAACAAUCACCUCUACCGCCCUCACUACUGGGUUGGUGACUCUUCCCCCGGGGCCUAAAGGAGGCCCUCUUACUGUUGUCACUUUCGCUCCAGAACCCCCGGGAACGGUGACCAUAACAUCUUUCGCAUCUACCACUGGCCUGAGCACUCUUCAAUCCGGUCCUGAUAGUGGCCCGCCGACUGUGAUUACCUUUGUUACCACACCUUUACCUCCAGUGACGAUAAUCUCACAAGCAUCCACAACGGGGUUGACAACUCUUCUUCCGGGGCCUAACGGCGGUCCACCAACUGUCAUUACCUUUGCAACGGGGCCUCCUCCAGUUACUGUUACGUCUACUGCAUCUACUACUGGCCUCACAACGCUUCCCUUAGGGCCCAACGGGGGACCUGCUACGAUAGUUACCUUCGUUACCGGUCCGCCGGCAGCCAAACUUCCUGUCACCUUGACAUCUACCGCAAGCACUACCGGUCUCACUACUAUUCCACCUGGACCAAAUGGCGGAGCCCCUAUAAUUGUCACAUUCGUGACGGGGCCUCAGCCUGUCACGUUGACCUCGACCGGCAGCGCGACCGGUCUUACGACGCUUUAUCCGGGCCCAGACGGCGGUCCCACGACCGUCAUCACCUUUGCUACCGGUCCUCUUCCAGUCACCUUGACAUCAUUUGGAAGCACAACUGGGCUGAGAACAUUCCCUCCGGGGCCGGGUGGAGGCCCUCCUACCGUUGUUACCUAUGCUAUAACAACCGCGCCUGUGCCAGUCACAAUUACGUCUACGGCCAGCACUACUGGGCUGACAACUCUUCCUGCUGGUCCAAACGGCGGCCCACCAACGGUGGUGACGUUUGCGACUGGUCCUCUUCCAGCCACCUUGACCUCAUUCGGAAGUACAACCGGAUUAACUACGCUACCUCCAGGCCCCAGUGGAGGCCCUCCCACAGUUGUUACUUUCGCUACAACUACCGCACCCAUUCCAGUUACAGUCACUUCCACUGCGAGUACUACAGGUCUCACAACUCUUCCUUCAGGUCCCAACGGCGGUCCGCCAACAGUAGUGACGUUUAUUACUGGCCCGCCUCCGGUUACCCUCACAUCUUUCGGAAGCACAACUGGGUUGACUACAUUCCCCCCGGGUCCAAACGGCGGUCCUCCUACUGUUGUCACCUUUGCUUCAAGCACUGCGCCUAUUCCAAUUACAAUCACCUCAACCGCGAGUACUACGGGCCUUAUCACUAUUCCUGCGGGUCCGAACGGCGGCCCGCCCACCGUUAUUACCUUCACCACCCUACCGCAGCUCACCGCGGUCACUCUAACUUCAACCGCAAGCACUACAGGGCUGACGACUGUUCCUCCUGGUCCUAAUGGCGGACCGCCGACCGUCAUCACCUUCGCCACGGGCCCAGCGCCCGUGACGCUUACUUCUAUGGCCACUACAACUGGCUUGACUACGAUUCUUGGUGGUCCUGGGGGCCCUGAUACAGUUAUCACGUUCAUCACCAGCCCGCAACCAAUCACCAUCACGUCUACCGCCACCACUACUGGUCUCACAACGUUGUCGCCGGGUCCAAAUGGUGGGCCGCCGACGGUUGUCACUUUCGCUACAGGCCCGGCACCAGUGACUAUCACAUCGACUGCUAGUACGACGGGCUUGACUACUAUACCUGGAGGACCCGGCGGCCCCAACACAGUCAUCACCUAUGUGGCGAGUCUUCCACCGGUCACAAUCACGUCUACCGCAACUACCACCGGCCUAACGACUGUGCCCGGGGGUCCUGGGGGUCCACCUACCGUUAUCACCUUUGUUACCGGACCCUCUCCUAUCACCGUGACUUCAAUGGCGACGACGACUGGUCUAAUAACGCUGCCGCCAGGCCCUAACGGUGGACCAAGUACAGUAGUGACUUUUGUCACUGGCAUUCUCCCUGUAACAGUAACUUCAACGGCAUCUACGACAGGUCUAACAACUAUCCCGCCUGGUCUAAAUGGAGGCCCUACUACGGUAGUCACGUUCGUGACAAGACCGGCCCCCGUCACUUUCACAUCUACUGCCUCUACGACGGGCCUGACAACUCUUCCCAUUGGCCCAGGUGGAGGUCCCGAAACAGUAAUCACCUUCGUUACUGGAACUCCGCCUGUAACUCUUACUUCAACAGCAACUACCACGGGUCUCACAACGCUGCCGCCAGGCCCUAACGGCGGACCGACUACUAUAAUAACCUUUAUCACCAGGGAACCAGUGACCGUCAUUACCCUUACGACUAGCUUUAGGCCCAUAGGAACAACCUUUACGACCAAUCUUGUUCAGACGUUCCCUCCAACACCCGGCAUUUCGGUAACCGGUGCCCCACCUUAUUUGCUAACUCUCAUCACUCGGACAGCGAGUACAACCGGCCUUACCACGCUUCCCUAUUAUAUUGGCGACGGAGACGACUUUAUAUCGAUAACAAUAGUUACAUUUGUUACUCCUCCAGCACCAAUCACUGUCACCUCAACCGGAAGUUCAACUGGCCUGACUACAAUUCCUCCCGGACCUGCAGGUGGCACGCCAACCGUAGUGACAUUCGUAACUACAACUCCUCCAGUCACUAUUACCUCAACAGGCAGCACUACAGGGUUGACAACCAUUUCUCCCGGAACGGCCGGCGGACCUCCUACUGUGGUUACGUUCGUGCCUCGUAUCGGGGUCGUCCGUACUCUGACAUCUACCGCCAGUCAGACCGGAGUCACCACUCUGCCUCAAACAGAUCCUGCUGGAACGACGACUGUGGUUACUUUCGUUCCGCCAGCCACAGGGCUUUUAACAACCUUAACGUCAACUGGCACGCAGACGGGCGUCACUACUUUGCCUCAAACAGAUCCUGCUGGAACGACGACUGUGGUUACUUUCGUUCCGCCAGCCACAGGGCUUUUAACAACCUUAACUUCGACUGGUGCGCAAACAGGCGUCACUACUUUGCCUCAAACAGAUCCUGCUGGAACGACGACUGUGGUUACUUUCGUCCAGCCAGCAACAGGAUUCCUGACGACGCUAGUAUCGACAGGUGCGCAGACGGGUGUUACUACCUUACCUCAGACCAACCCAACUGGCACGACUACGAUAGUCAGCUUUAUCCCUCCAGCCAUUGGACUCCUCACGACAGUUGUGUCAACAGGCACGCAGACGGGAGUGACUACACUUCCCCAACCCGACCCAACGGGCGUCACUACGGUCAUUAGCUUUGUACCUUCAGCCACCGGCUUUAUUACGACAGUAGUUUCAACGGCCACUCAAAUAGGCGUGACAACCCUACCUCAGCCUGAUCCAACUGGAAUUACCACAGUCGUCAGUUUCGUACCUCCAGCCACAGGCUUACUCACCACGCUGGUCUCUACCGCGACUCAGACGGGAGUGACUACGCUGCCUCAACCCGACCCAACGGGCGUCACUACGGUCAUUAGCUUUGUACCUCCAGCCACCGGCUUUAUUACAACGGUGGUUUCAACGGCUACUGAGACAGGCGUGACAACCUUACCACAGACUGAUCCAACCGGAAUCACCACAGUCGUUAGCUUCGUUCCUCCAGCCACAGGCUUUAUUACCACAGUCGUUUCAUCUGCAACUCAGUCCGGCGUCACGACCCUACCUCAAACCGACCCAACCGGAAUUACCACUAUUGUCACUUUUGUGCCACUUACCGGUGGCAUUGCAACAGUUGUAUCAACGGCAACUCAGACGGGUAUCACGACGCUUCCCCAACCCGAUCUAACGGGUAUUACGACAGUUGUUAGCUUCGUUCCUCCAGCCACCGGUUUCAUCACCACGGUCAUUUCAUCGGCAGCUCAGACGGGAGUUACGACAUUGCCUCAGACCGACCCAACUGGUACUACCACAGUUGUCAGCUUUGUGCCACUGACCGGUGCCUUUACAACGCUUAUAUCAACGGCAACCGAAACGGGUGUGAUCACUCUCCCACAGACUGACCCAGCUGGCAUCACCACAGUUCUCAGCUUCGUGCCUCCCAUCACCGGUGCCUUAACAACGGUUGUCUCUUCCGCAACUCAGUCUGGUGUCACAACCCUACCACAGACAGACCCUGCGGGCACGACUACCGUCGUUUCAUUCGUUCCCAUCACUGGCGCUCUCACAACAGUUGUCUCUUCCGCUACCCAAACGGGCGUCACAACUUUACCCCAAACCGAUCCCGCCGGCACGACUACCGUCGUCACAUUUGUUCCCAUCACUGGCGCUCUCACAACGGUUGUGUCUUCAGCUACUCAAACCGGCGUCACAACCUUACCCCAAACCGAUCCCGCCGGCACUACAACUGUCGUUUCAUUUGUUCCCAUAACUGGUGCCAUUACAACUGUGGUCUCUUCCGCUACCCAAACGGGUGUCACGACCUUGCCUCAAACCGAUCCUGCUGGCACGACUACUGUCGUCACGUUUGUUCCCAUCACCGGCGCCCUGACAACCGUAACUUCAACAGCAUCUCAAACUGGCAUAACAACCCUUCCUCAGACCAACCCAGCUGGCACGACCACUAUUGUCACUUAUGUGACGCCGAGCCCGAGCUGCACCCCUGGAUUGCUAUGGGCGUACUAUGGCUUGUCACAAGCUCCGACCGACACCGCCAGUCAGCCGGGCAAGAUCCCGUUCCAGAAUUCAGACGCAACCUCACAAGCAAACUGGAAGACAACUUACUUCAAUAUUCAAACCGUACUCAGCGGACAGAGUCCCAAUAAUAGGGGCUUAACGACCACAGUUGGUCUGUCAUCGUCUUGUGGCACCUCGACCCGAAAUGUUUAUGGUACUACUGUAUCAGAAUCCAACUACAUCAUCGUGCAGCAUAUUGGCUAUUUUCAUCCUGCUACAUCCGGAACCUACACUUUCAGCUUCAGCGGUGUGGACGACAGCGUCUAUCUCUGGCUGGGCAGCAGCGUCGCCAAAAGUGGCUACAGUAAUUCAAAUUAUAACAAAAAUGUCAACUACUACGACACAAGCAGUUCGGGUACUUUUACAUUUACUGCGACUGCUGGUCAAUACUAUCCGAUUCGUAUCUUGUUCGUCAACGCGCAGAACUGUGGCUUGUUCAAUUUCUCGCUCACGAAUCCCGCCGGCAGCGUUGUCGUUUCAAACUCCCAGUCUGUCGUUGGAGACCAGCUUGUGAGCAGCUGCCCGAACAAUGCAGACGCCGCUCCCUUUAGUUUCUAG